AGGAAAAUAACGUUUCUCGAAAAGCCACUGGCACCACAUCUUUAAAACGACCCAUUUCAGGGUUCCCACAAAAUACAAAACUACACUGAGGCCGGAAGUACUUUUGCCCCCAUGAAAUAUGUCAGAAAGCUUGCUCGUCUCCAAGGGAACAUUACGUAAUUAGGCAAAGCGUAGUAUUGCGCACGCGCAGAAGCAAACACCGCCGGAAGUGACGGUGCCCUUACCAAAGCGGAUGGUUAGCACGCGUGCGCAAUAGGCUCUUCAGUCCGCUGUGUUGUGGAAAUGGUGGAGAAGAAAACUUCGGUUCGCUCCCAGGACCCUGGACAGCGGCGGGUACUGGACAGGGCUGCCCGGCAGCGUCGCAUCAACAGGCAGCUUGAGGCCUUGGAGAAUGACAACUUCCAGGAUGACCCCCACGCAGGACUCCCCCAGCUUGGCAAGAGACUACCUCAGUUUGACGAUGAUGCAGACACCGGAAAGAAAAAGAAGAAAACUCGAGGUGAUCAUUUUAAACUUCGCUUCCGAAAGAACUUUCAGGCCUUGCUGGAGGAGCAGAACCUGAGUGUGGCCGAGGGCCCCAACUACCUGACAGCUUGUGCGGGACCCCCAUCCCGGCCCCAGCGCCCCUUCUGUGCUGUAUGUGGCUUCCCCUCCCCAUACACCUGCAUCAGCUGUGGCGCCCGGUACUGCACUGUGCGCUGUCUGGGCACCCACCAGGAGACCAGGUGCCUGAAGUGGACUGUGUGAGCCUGGGUAUUCCUGGAGAGGAAGGACCUCCAUGCAUCACCCUGGCCUUGGAAAGGACAUCAACCAAAAGGAAAGGUGCUCCCUUGGACCAAGAGAGGAACCAUUCACUCACCCAAAAAACCUCCUCCAGGGAAGACCAGUCUUACUCCCAGGGAUGUGGCAGAGAAGUGGGCCAGCCCCCAGAGUACUGUCGUAAUAAAAGGUCUCAUGUGAGGAA